CGUAGGAACGUAGAAACUUGUGCGAUGCGUCCUUGGAUACCGCCGUUACCUAGCAACCGGUUUCUAGUGUCAACUCUACCCUCCAUGAUCCCAGUCUGCCCAUAUCUCCCAGUUUAACUCGCAGAAAUGUCCUCUCAGGUGCUCGCGCCCCGGUUCGACCCCACCACCGUCCCGGACCGGGAGCUGCCCGUGGCUCCGUCCGCCGGUCUCGCCACCGCGGGCUUCCGCUCCGCCAAGUACUCCCCGCGCGAGUGGCAGGAGAACAACUCGGCCACGCUGCAGCGCGCGCUCACCGACCAUCAGCACGCGCAGCGCGUCCUCCGCGCCUCCCGCGCGCUCUCGGCCGAGGCGGCGGCGGGGACGCAGGACGCGCAGAGCCGCGGGACGCUGCUGCUGGGAGCCCGGCUGCAGGACGUGCACUCCCGCAGGACGGAGCUGCAGCGCGGCGCGGAGCGGCUGCAGGCGGAGACGGAGCUCCUGCAGGACCACAAGAGGAGGCUGGAGAAAGCCCUGCUGACCACCGACCUGCCCCUCACCAUCUCCACUGAUAACCUGACCUGCAGGGAGAACCGGUUCGGUCCAGAUCUGGUCCAGGACCCGGUGGAGGAGGAGCUUCUGAAGGAAGUUGAACUCAUCAGAAAUGUUCAGGCUCUGCUGAAGAAAACCCUGCAACAAGCUGUUGAUCAGAUCAGGUUGAACAGGGAGGCUAAGCAGACUCUUGAGCUUGACUGGUCGGAUAAACACGAGGCCUACAUCCUGGAUGACCAGUGCGGUCGCUAUGGCAACAGGAGCACCGACACCCAGCACCACCCAAGCUCAGCCAGACUGCAUGACCAGGUGUGUGAUGAGAGGGCGUGGCUGAAGUUUACUCAGGUGAAUCUGGAGGAGGCGGAGCGUCAGUACAGGUGCAGUGUGUCUCUGCGGGAGCUGUGUGAUCGGGUUCUGCAGGAGACGGCGGAGGACCUGAGGGCCCAGUGCGCCGUGGUGGACCAGAGCUUCAACCAGCGCUGCCUGGAGCUCAGCCAGGCCAAGAACCAGCUGGAGCUGCAGCUACAGAGGGUGCUGGAUGAGAUCGGGUCUCAGGAGCGUAAUAUCAGCACUCUGCAGCAGGCUGUGUACGAUAAGGACGCUCCGCUACGAGUGGCCCAGUCCAGACUGCACUACAGAGCACAGAGACCCAACAUGGAGCUGUGCAGAGACCAGCCGCAGAUCAGUCUGGAGAGUGAGGUGGAGCAGAUCUCGGGCAGUGUUGGGGUUCUGCAGCAGCAGCUGAGUGAGGCUCGGCAGUCUCUGGCUCAGCUGGAGGAGAGCAGACUGAUGCUGGAGAAGAACAUCAGCUGUAAAACCAACUCGCUCUUCAUCGACCGAGACAAGUGCCUCACACACCGCACCCGCUACCCCACCGUCCUCACACUGUCCGGAUACUAACACCCACACACACACACACCGCACCCGCUACCCCACCGUCCUCACACUGUCCGGAUACUAACACACACACACCACACCCGCUACCCCACCGUCCUCACACUGUCUGGAUACUAACACCCACACACACACCGCACCCGCUACCCCACCGUCCUCACACUGUCCGGAUACUCACACCCACACACACACACCGCACCCGCUACCCCACCAUCCUCACACUGUCCGGAUACUAACACACACACCGCACCCGCUACCCCACCGUCCUCACACUGUCCGGAUACUAACACACACACACACACUGCACCCGCUACCACACCGUCCUCACACUGUCCGGAUACUAACACACACACCGCACCCGCUACCCCACCGUCCUCACACUGUCUGGAUACUAACACACACACACACACUGCACCCGCUACCACACCGUCCUCACACUGUCCGGAUACUAACACACACACUGCACCCGCUACCACACCGUCCUCACACUGUCCGGAUACUAACACACACACCGCACCCGCUACCCCACCGUCCUCACACUGUCCGGAUACUAACACCCACACCGCACCCGCUACCCCACCGUCCUCACACUGUCCGGAUACUAACACACACACCGCACCCGCUACCCCACCGUCCUCACACUGUCCGGAUACUAACACCCACACACACACUGCACCCGCUACCACACCGUCCUCACACUGUCCGGAUACUAACACACACACCGCACCCGCUACCCCACCGUCCUCACACUGUCCGGAUACUAACACCCACACCGCACCCGCUACCCCACCGUCCUCACACUGUCCGGAUACUAACACACACACCGCACCCGCUACCCCACCGUCCUCACACUGUCUGGAUACUAACACCCACACACACACCGCACCCGCUACCCCACCGUCCUCACACUGUCUGGAUACUAACACCCACACACACACCGCACCCGCUACCCCACCGUCCUCACACUGUCCGGAUACUCACACCCACACACACACACCGCACCCGCUACCCCACCAUCCUCACACUGUCCGGAUACUAACACACACACCGCACCCGCUACCCCACCGUCCUCACACUGUCCGGAUACUAACACACACACACACACUGCACCC